AUGAGCACCCACCGAGCUGCCAACUGUCCACGAUUCGGCCCUCCUCAGUCAACAGUUGAAGACGCUGUUGAUCCCAAGCCUCCACCGAACGAGAUUUCCUUCCGUGCAGCCGCUCAACCGCAGCUACUCCUCCCCAACUUUGACCCAGCAACGACGCCAGCUGCUCCACUUCGGUUUAUUCCCCUGCAGCAACCGCACAUCUCCAACAACUCGGUCAAAGUUUUCCACAGCAAGCCCGGCUUGUUGACCCCCACGCCGCGCGUCCUCUUCUGCCAAGCGAACCCGCACGUCUUCAAGUUCCUCAGCCUCCUCCGAUUCGCACGAGGGCAGCGAAACAGCCUAACCACCGAAACUGUUUCUUCGUGGCCCACUCCAGCGAGAUCAGUCGUCUUCGGCCCAUCUCAUCCAAGCCCGCAGAUUCUUCAGUCAACAAACCGGCGGAUUCCCCCAGCAAGAAGUCCGCGGACGUUGACUCCUCUUGGUGUGCAUCUCCGCCCGUCGUCAGCAUCUUCAACGCCGUCGAAGCCACUAAGCAGAACUCGUGGAGGUGUUCCUGGUUUAAAGCUUCCUCUUUGUAAAUCAUCAAGCUCCAAGACCAAAGUUAUAUAUGUGGUAGCUGGCAGUUUGUUAUGUUUAGCUUCGUUGCUCCUAUGUUUGUCUAUCUCCUAUUGCAAAAAGAAGCAGACGACAACCAAUGCCUCCACUUCAUUAUCUUUCGAGAACCAAUUCUUGAGGAUUUCUUACGAAGAACUCUUGAAAGAGACUAACCAAUUCUCUAAGACCAAUUUGAUUGGUAAAGGGAGAUACGGCACAGUUUAUAAGGGGAUUCUUGAUAGCGGUGCCAUGGUGGCAAUGAAAGUGCUCAAUCUAAUGCAAAGAGGUGCUUCGAGGAGCUUUAUCUCCGAAUGCCGAACUCUAGGAACCAUUAGACACCGAAACCUCGUGAAGAUACUAAGUGUUUGCUCGAGUGUGGACUUUCAUGGAAAUGACUUCAAAGCUCUAAUAUAUGAGUUCAUGGCUAAUGAGAGCUUGGAGGAGUGGCUGCACUCUGGGACUGUAGGGCGAGAUGAUGAACAUGGCGAAUCGAGAAAUCUGAGACUAGUGCAGAGGUUACACAUUGCCAUUGACAUAGCUAAUGCGAUCGAAUAUCUCCACAAAAGUUGUUAUUCAACAAUUGUCCACGGAGAUUUGAAGCCAAGUAAUGUGCUUCUAGACAAUGACAUGGUGGCUCGAGUUGGAGAUUUCGGGCUUGCAAAGAUCAUUUCAAUGGUUUCUGCUGAAGCCACAAGAGUUCAUGACCAAGGUAGUUCAACUUCAACCGCAGUCAGAGGAUCCAUUGGUUAUGUGCCUCCUGAGUAUGGCAUGGGACAUGAGGUUUCCAUACUUGGGGAUAUAUACAGUUACGGCAUUCUAUUAUUGGAGAUGUUCACUGGAAAGAGACCCACUAAAGAGGCCUUUGCGCACUAUCUUAACCUCCACAACUUCGUCCUAAUGGCUCUCCCAGAUCAAGCAAUGGACAUCGUAGACUUAAGGCUUUGGAGUGAAGUUAGUGAUCGACAACAAGAGAUCAAGAUCAAAGAUUGCAUUAUCUCUGUAUUUGAAGUUGGACUCGAAUGUUCAAUGGAAUCACCAUCAGAUCGAAUGGACAUGACCGAGGCGAUCAGAAAUUACACUUGA